GGAUAAUGAAAUCCACGGCCCAUUUUAAACCAAGUGCACAAUUUGCUUAUCAAUAUUUAAUUGGCACACUGAUCAAAAGUAUAAAUUAAAUAAUAGAGUAAAAUUGUUAAUUAGAAAAAAGCGAACAGCUUCAAUAUAUUUCCAUAAAAAUGUAAUUGGAAUAAACCAAACUUUAAAUUAUAUCAAUAUUUCUUGAUCGAUAGAUAAAUCUUGUCUGAAUGCAUCUGAAAAUAAGGCCAAAGUUAGGGUUAUUUUAAGAAAUGGUAUUUUACGAUAUAUUUAAAAUAGUUACCUUUAGUUACAUAGAAUUUGAAAAUUCUUUUUUACCUGUGCCAUAAAUGUCUCGUAGUUUUUGCCUGCUGUCAGUGUAAUAAGAAGCACAAUAUAUAUGUAUUUUGGCCGCUGCAGCUGUCGCGGAUUAACCAAGGUGACCGCUUAUUAGCGGGUCAGGAUUAGCGCCAAUUGGUAGGUAGUCCAGACAUCGCUGCAGCUGCGCUCUGCUGCAGACACACAGCAAGAUGAAGAGCCACCUGAUGAAGAUGAAGUUUGACGAGUUGUCCUAUACGAACACCUACGGCGCCCUGGAGCUGGAGGCAGCCGCAGCGCUCCUCAUGCUGCGCUAUCAGUACGAUAUUAGUGCGGUGGGCGGCACAGGUUGCACUGUGGCACAGACGACACCGCCGCCGCCGCCACCGCCACCAGCAGCCGAAACGGAGAAGAGCACGCCCAAGGAGCAAGUGCGUGCCGUUGUGAAUGCCUCGUCGCAGCCGCUCAAGAAGCGUCGCAUACCGCCGCAUCUGCUGCGUCGCUCCCUGACGCCGGCCAAGGCGACGCCCAGCAAUGUCGGCAACGUGACCAAGGCCAAGCUGAAGGCGGUGCCCGCGGCGGCGGCAUGCAACAAGGCGCUGCUCAAGUCGUGCCGCAAUAUGAUACGCGAAUUCCUGGACAAUCAGGAGCUGAUUUAAGGAGGACCAAAGAGACUCCCUAGGAGCUUUGCUUUUGCUUUCAUCAGUUUUGAUUUCAUUUAUUUAUUGCAUAUAUAAAUUUGUUUCAUUUAUUUUUUUUUUUAUAAUAAUAUUUUUCAGAAUAUUAUUUUUUAUAUAUAUAUAUUUUUUUAUACAUAUCAUAUCGAAAGAUAAGGUAUUUUUCAAUUGGAAGAACAGGUAUUGUGGCGACACUAAAGUGCUAAUUAUUAGCUAUUGGCGGUGUUUAAACUUAGGCAUUACACGAAAGAAAACAAACAAAAAUUAUAUAUUAAUUAUAGUAUAUAUAUAUAUAUAUAUAUAUAGAUGUAUAUAAGUUUAUGUGUACUUAAUUAAUGCGGCUAGUUAAUAA